UCUCCAGUUUCCCCGGCAUUAUCAGUAAUUUCACAAAUGCCUAUUCCAUCACCUAUUAAUACUCACUCUGAUGAAGAUAAUACUGAUUCUCCUUGCAAUAAGAUUUUGGAUACUGAGGCAGAGGAAGAACCAUGUGGUGAUCUGGAAAAAUGGUCCCAACCAAAACCAUAUGACACGAAAACCGUGACAAAUUUGUCACGAUCAGACAAUGUAUCUUCUGAAGUAUCUGAAUUAGAGCGAGAUAAUGAAAAUGAUGAGGUUGAUGCCAGUCAAAUCGUAGAACAAGGUCUAAUGCAAGAAUUGUCCCAGAAUACCCCUGGCGUUGAAAUUAAUGAGUCAUAUAUUCAAAAAUUCGAUAACUUG